AUGUCGCAUACACAGCUUCACAAUCCUCCGCCCACGACAGAUUUUUUAUUCGUCAAUAUCGCGCGGCCACAAGACAUUAAAAACCGGAAGACACGAAAGAGAAUCAACAGUCAUGUCAUGAAACCGAUUGGCCUCACUCGGAGGCGCCACCAGCCAAACAAAACAAUACCAAUUACUCUGCCAUCACCGCCCAAUUCAGAACCGAACAGCUCUGGAAUAUUACCUGUUCCAGCUGUUACUUGUACCGUGACAGACUCUUCUCCACGUGAUCAAAACGUACCAGAUCAAAAUGAACCAUCAUUAGCUCCCGUACCUCGCCACUGCCUGCGUCUUAUCCCCUGUCCCGUUCCUGAGCAAAAGAACAUCAGAUCACUUCCCAUGUCGGCGCGCACAAGUAAAAUGAUUCAUUUUUUGGCUAUAUCUCAAGAAGCGCCUGUAUGCCGGCUGAUGCGUGAACUUUGUUUCUCUUUGUCCUUUAUCGAUGAAGGUGCCUUUCAUUUAAUCCUGGCUCGUCUUGAGGUCGACCCCGAGACUACCGGAGGACAAGAACCACAAGAAGGCUUUGGUAGUCUGUCUCACUACGAGACUUCAGUUGAAAGUCUGAGGCAAAAGCUUGAAAAUCCCUGUGUUAAAGCCCAUGAAGCCAUCAUCGGCGUGAUUGUCAACUUGGCAUGCUACGAUAUAUUCACCAAUAACUUUGAAAGGUGGAAAACACACAUGUUUGGCAUACAAAAGAUGAUUCAGUAUAGAGGCGGCAUCGAUACCCUUACUUCACAAUAUAUACGAGUCACAGCCGUCUGGGUGGACUUGAUCGGUUCCAUGACUUUAGAUCAAAUCCCUUACUUAGCAUUUCAGGAAGGCCGCCCAGAUGGCGCCCAUCAGGUGACCUACGACGCGACAGGUGCGGUACCAGACGUUGAGAAACACUGUCAUGCCAAUAUCAACAAGAUUAUUCAAAUGCUUUCGAUGUUAUCAAGCUUGGUUGCAGGAAAGUCCGAGAUCGAACAGAGUAAGGACGAGGCUCUACUUGAAGCACUGCAAGCGACAAUCCACGCCGUCCUGAUGUUACCUCGAUAUGGGAACCUAGAGGCAAACAACGGUUUAAGUGAGCCUUGCUUGAGAACAUACGAGAUAGUUCGACUUGCCGCCCUUUUAUAUCUCUCAGGUCCUGCGACAUUUCUAGCUGGAAACAGACGCUUCAACUUGGUAAUUCCCCAAUUUAGAGGGCAACUAUCAAAACUCUACGGUGCACAGGGACUACCUUGUUCGGUUCCUGAGCACCUGAAACUGUUCGUUUUAGUUGCUGGGGCUAUUGUUGGAGUGGAUGACGAGAGGCAAUUCUUUGUAAACCAUCUGAGUCACGUUGUGUCGCUGAGGAAGUUGAGCUGGGAAUAUUUGAUGAGUGAGCUUCGGUCUAUAGCGUGGUUUGAUGUUGUUUGGUCGACGGAUCUGGAUAGGCUACGGGGUGAUUUGGCUUUCGAUAGUGAUGAAGCUACGAGGCAUAGUUGUGAAGUUGCUUUAUAA